AUGACUUCAUUCCAGAGAUCUGUUGUUCUUUUCUUUGAAUUGGCUUUAAUAGUCAUCCUUUUGUUGACACCUAUAUCUGCAAAUAACGUCGUCUAUCGUGCGAUUUCUAAAAGAGACAAAGGAAAUGGAAGAACUACCUUCUACGAUGUUGGUACUGGUGCUUGCGGUGAAACUCAUACUAAUGAUGAAUUAGUAUUUGCUCUGCCAGCUAGUAUGUUCGAUCCAUCACCCAACGGAAAUCCAAAUCUAAACCCUAAUUGUGGCAGAACAGCUAUCGUUUCUCGUAAAGUUGGUAGAGUCACAAAGAAAGUUAAAGUUACUUGUGUUGAUCGUUGUGUAGGUUGUAAAUAUGGUGAUAUCGAUUUGAGUCCCAAAAUCGCAAAAUUGGGAGAAGGUCGUGUAGAAGUUACUAUCGACUUCCAAUGCGAUUGA